UGGAAACAUAUUGCACAUUCAUACAACUAAAACCAGUUUCCCGAAGUUAAUUAGAAUUGAAAAUCAUGUAUCUUUUCAAAUCGCAGCAAUGCAUGCAUUAAAUCGACAAGACAAUAUCAUGUGAUUGUGUUUAAGUACAUCAGUUAGUUGGUCUUUUUGAGUAGCUGUUUUUAAAUCUUGUCCAACUUCAUGCGAUAUUUCUAUGCUUUCUAAGUUAUUAAACCGCGUUUCUACGAAGUUGUUACUGAAAAACACUUGGUACUACAUGCCAACUAGUACCAAUGGCGCUCCAGAAUUUGCACGAGCUUUACAAUAACAAGCGUCAUCCAAGUCGAAAUGGCGAUUCUGGAAGAAAUUCAACUACUCUUAUGUGUUACGUUACGCUUGCAAGUAGUCAGGUUUAUCAGGUUGAAGUCGAUCAUAAAGCAGAAUGUCAGGAAGUCAUAGAUAAAAUAUGUAAAUUGAUAGGGAUUACUGAAGAAGCUAGUUAUUUUGGUAUCCUGCUAGCAGGAUCGAGAAACGAAUUGUUUUGGCUUAACAGCAGAAACAGGUUAUCAAGGCAAAUUCCAGGGUCUCCUCCAUACCAUCUAUAUUUUAGAGUGAAGUAUUUUGUUCAACCAUCUACACUUCAACUCGAGGAAACCAGACAUCAGUUUUACACAAACGUCGUAUAUCAUCUAAAAAACGGAUCUUGGGACGCUGACACCACCCUGGAAACACAGUCACAAUUAAUUGCCCUCAUGGCAUACAUACAGUUUGGAAAUUACAACCCGAACACCACUCCAUGCAAGUAUGCUUGCUUUUGGCCCGAAUGUCGCAACGAAAUUCCACCAGAAGCUAUUCGUAUGGCUGCUGCUUUUCAUAAAGACUUAAAAGAUAUUACCGCUUCCCACGCAAAAUAUGAACUUUUGUCUAUAGUUUCACGAGAAUUUCCCUCAUAUGGAACAUAUUUCUAUGAUGUGAAGAAUAUAUUUGAUCGCAAGUUAUUGCUUGGUGUUGGUCCUAGUGAUAUUGUUUUGUGCAACUCUACUGGAGGCGUUAUCGAUCGACCAUAAACUAAAUCAUUUACCGAAUAACAGUGGCAUAAUCAUUGGUAUCAAACUCAAGCAUAAAAACACGUUUAUACCGUCACGUUUUGAGUAGAAAAUACAAAUGCAGACGUUAUGUGAAAAUUAUGGUUUUAUUUUGUGUGGCGCUUUUAGUCAAUAGUUUAGGAUGCAUCUCUUAAUAGGUUCUAAUUAUUUGGACACCUUUCUCAUCUGUAUUUCGUUCAGUUUGCUAAGGCUGUGUGUGGCUGAGUUUCGUCCCUUCCAAAUAGGUAAAUAUAUCCCUUUUUAUGUCCAUAAUUUUGCUUGUUAUGGAAACCUUCAAUUUUCUUAAGAUGGGUUCCAAAUCCUAUGGGUUCUUUAGAUUUUGUGAAUAAUUUACAAAUUGAGAAUUUAGUAUUUUUCAAAAUUAGUUGAUCUGUGAUCGACAUAUGUAAUACUAGAGAUGAAUAUUUGCUAAAAUUCAUCCUAUUGAGGCUACAAGAAUGAAAUCAUCGAUUAGGAUCCAUCUUGAACUAAAGAGAUAUACUACUGGUCCAAAUAAGUAGUUCAUAAACAACAUUACAUUUUAAGCUUUUGGUCGGAAUAAAUUGAACCACAAACAAUUGUUUGAUACAAUCACUCCAAUCCAGUCAUUAAAGGCCCUAGUGAGUUUGAGUAACACAAGGCAAAAUACUAUUCAACGUUUUAUUUUUGUAGCCUAAACAACAACUAUCGGGGUAUAAGUCUACUCCCGAUUGCAUCCAAAUUAUUGGCUACCAUCAGACUUCGCAUACUGUUCAAAACCCGGGAAAGAUUAGUUUUCGUUCUGGUCGAGGAUGUAAUAGUCUUCGCUCUUCGAUAAAUGUAGGCCGACAAUCGUUGUGUUUCUUGAUAUCAAGGUGACCUUCACUUCCUUGGACAGGACUGUCCUCUGGGAUUGUCUAUUGAAGAAGGGUGUGCUCAAGAAGCUUAUUAACAUUUUGAGGGCCAUAAAUGCAAAUACCUUAGUCAAAGUGAGGGCAUACAACCGUCUCUCUCUAUUUUUUUAUCCAAGCAAUGGGGUUAAGCAGGUUGCCCAGUCUCAUCAUUCCUGUUCAACCUUACCAUUAGUUGACGUUUUGAAAACAGCUCUGACGGAAAUCGACAAUGGUAGUGUAGAUGUGCUACCUGGAGAAAGAUUUUUGGACCUUGAGUAUGCGGAUGUUAUUUCCUUACUGUGCGAUGAUACUCAAGCCAUGCAAUUUGCACUUAUUCACUCGGCAAUCUGUGUUCGUAGGUAUCGCAUGUUCUCUGCACCCUCUAACCGUAAAGUACUUUUACAAACAUUUCAGUAGCCUGUGUUUGCAUUAACCCUUGGUAGUAAGCAGAUAGAAGCAGUCGAGAAGUUCAUGUAUCUAGGUAUCAGUGUACGUUCUAGCAGUGGUGUGAGUGACGAGACCAAUUCACGUGUAGUGAAGGCCAAAGAGGCUCAUACCAAUCUGUCCCAACCUUGGCACCUUCGUGGUAUUAGUCUGGCUGUAAAAGGCCGGAUUUAAAGAGCGUCAGGGAAAGCAGUUCUCUAUGCUUAGGAAUUCUAGCCUGUCCAUAUUUGAUCAUUGUUAACUCCUAAUGAUUGCCGACAUCCAGUGGCAACACCAUAUUAGUAAUACAGAGGUUCGACAAUGUGUAUUAGGGCACAGUGUCGACAUUUUAAGUGGCAUCACCAUGUUGAAUUACCGACCUCAAAGGCUUGGACAUGUCCUACGAAUGUCGUCCUAGCAAGCUCCACAACGUGGGUUAUUCUCCGGCUCUUGGGACUAGUUGGAAAAAGCGGAGAGGUGAUCAAUUUAUGAUAUGGUACUGUGUUAUGAAGGAAAACUGCACAGGAAUAUCAUCUGUUGGUCCUUCACGACUCCUUGAUUGGGUGUCCAAGAGACAAUGCAACACAGUGGCUUGAGAUGUUAUCAGACAUAGCUCAAAAUAGGAGCCAGUGGCGGUCCUGCUGUAAUUUCCUUUUACUUUAUUUAUGUAAGUGGGAGGAAGUCCUUCAAUCAAAUCAAUCUUUGAGAUGAUGGAGGAGACUUGUAGCCCAGGCGAAUGAUUUUGAUGUAGUUUUCUCUUCUGAGCUAGAUGGUUUGGUCUUGAAGCUUUCAUUGUCCUUCUGAACAACAUGAUCAGCAUAAACUUGUAUUUUGUGCUGAUAAUGUCGUUAAGAAGAACAAUGAAAGCUCCACGACCAAACCAUCCAGCUCAAAGAACAAAGCUCUAUCCAAAUUAAAUCACUCCUUUCUGCAUUACAUUUUUCUUAACUGAACCACUCUUCCCAUUAUUAUAAUAAUUAUUUUCACCCUCAUUCACCAAUUACUAUUCAUUUUGGUUGCAUUUUUCUUGUUACACUCACCUUCCUUUGUCUGUCUCUCCACAAUCUCACUUUUAUUAUGCGGCUUAUAUUUAUUUAUUUAUUUGAACACAUAAAUAUUGGUACAAGGGAGCACCAAAUAUAUAUGCGCCACACAAAGCAAUGAGAAUUCGAAGAGAACAAAAGAAGGUAACGAGCGCAAAAAAAAAGAACAAUGACGAACAGAUUAGUGUAAGAUAGUGUAAUAAUGGUAAUAAUGGGGGAAACGGAAAGGUACAACCAGGAGAAAUCUUUCAAUUAAGGAAGAUACAACCACUUUAUAUGAAGUAAAAGAAGGUUACAGCAGGAUCGCCACUGACUUCUAUUCUGAGCCAUAUCUGAUAAUGUCUCCAGCCACUGUGUAGCACCAUCUCUCAAACCUCAGCCAGAGAGUCGUGAAGGAUCAACAGAAGCCAGCCCUUUGCAGCUUCCUUCCAUACACUGACCAACUCUCCGCUUCUUCCAACCAGUCCCAGAGUCGACAAAUAAUGCACGACGUGGAAUUCUCUGGGACGACAUUCGUAGAACAUGUCCAAGCCACCGAAGUCGAUGUUUCAAGACGGUGACAUCAAUUGGAUUACCGUCUCUGCACCCGAACACACGAUGCCGAACCUCGGCAUUGCUACUAGCAUGGUGUUGCCACUGGAUGUCAGCAAUCCUUCGGAGACAACGAUGAUCAAACACAGAGAGUCGUCUAACGCCCUCAACUCAGAGAGGCCAGGUUUCACAAGCAUAGAGCAAAACUGCUCUCACCGACGCGUUGUAGAUCCGACCUUUUACAGCCAGACUAACAUCACGAAGGCGCCAAAGAUGACCCAGAUUGGCAUAAGCCGCUCUGGCUUUCACUAUACGUGCAUUGAUCUCAUCACUCACGCCACCACCAGCACUUAUGCAGCUAUCUAGGUAAACGAACUUCUCGACUACUUCUAUCUGCUCACCAUUCAGGGUGAAUACAAGAUUAGAAUCCUGCCAGUCUUGUAGAAGUACUUUGCACUUCGAAGGUGCAAAGCUCAUACCGUACCUGCGGACACUGAUCGCCAACUGAUUAAGUGCGUAUUGCAUGGCUUGGGCAUUAUCGCACAGUAAGACUAUCAUCCGCAUGCUCAAGGUGACCAGCGAUUGGUUCAUACGCCAUUCGUUCCCGCAGGAUACUGGAACCCAUGUGCAUCAUUGGUUUGGGAUCCGAUUAAAGUGCCGGACAUUCGCUUUUCAUCCUCUCAUUUUCGUAAACAACACCGCUGCGAGGAGGCAGUGAGUAGGACUUCCCUGACAGAGGCUGUAUACGCGUGGCCGUGUGAGAGCAUUUCGAGAGAGAGGGCGGGCCCAACCCACUCUCGGCCAUACCAGUGCAUUUGGGGGCCUUAUAUUUUUUUGAUGCCUAUUUGUACCAAUAUGUAUGUGUCUGAACUUAUGAAUAAAUAAGUAACAAUAACUUAUACGAAGGUUGUUAUAUCAAGGUGUUAUACCUACCAUCAGAUAUGCUAUUCUGUCGCACGUACUAUCGAUUCAUACUGUCAUGAAUUGUAUAUUUGCACUAUAAUAUGCUUGUGCUUUCUCUCCUUUUAAAAAAAUAGCUUUCCGUUUUGUCGAGUACACACAAUCACAAACAGCGCACGAGUUGUUACUUUAAAUUUGCUUGAAGAAGAUGGCAGUGUUAAAGGACAAAAUUAUCAAUUAUCAUCAACUCGUUUAGCUUAUUCCCUUUAUCGUACAAUUACUGAAGUUCAUGCUUUUUUUCAAAGUGAUUCAAUUAAACAAUCUUUAAUUGAACAAACUGUGCGAGAAUCAUUUACUUCAAUGUUUGAUCAUAAUGGUAAAGAAUAUGCGUUCGAUCUCCGAUAUACAUUUUUGGAAGUGUAUGAUCGUGCCAGACGACAUAUGUAUCAUUGCACAAGUAACACUACUAAUCCUAUACCUACAUGUGGAUCACAUGGUCUAACACAACGUACAAGAAGUUUAAGUGGCUCUGUGAAUUCUGUUAUACAUGGUGAUAACAUUUCAACAAGUAGCUUAGAAGCUAUCCACAAGACUGAAGAUUCUCGAGGAAAGCAAGACUCAUCAAGCCUGGCUGAAUCAGUCGUUAGUGUUGAGCCUUUGGCUAUAUCACAUGUUUACUGAAAACAUUGUUAUUAAAUGUCGGUAUUAUGUAGUUUUCGUUUGUUGUUUUUUUUUAAUUCACAAUGUUUUUUCUCUAUCCCUAAUUUUACUCAAUUAAAUGGCUAUUAUCGAAUGAACCUUCAAUUUAUGUAUUAUGAGUGAUUUUAUUUUAAUUUGAUUUUAAAGCAUGAAAGUUGAUUCUUCUGGACUAAAUAAUUUAGCUGAUUAUUUAUAUUUACCUAAGAUGAUUAGUAGUUUUUCUUAAUUUGUUUGUAAUGAUUUUUAUUAAAAGGAAGUUAUUACGAUGGUUAAACAUAUACUAAAAGAUCUAUAAACUAAUUCUUUGUCCAAUAUCCUCUGCUGCCAAAUAAAUCUUAUCUAUAUUUCAACUAUUUAUUCUCAGAAAGGAGUUUUGUGGACGCGCACUGCUGAGGAGUUCCAUUUUAGGACGAAAUGGCCCUUCAGUGCUUUCACAUUUUUCAUGGUGGUCUAGCUUUAACUGACUCAUGAUUUCAACUAUUCAACUAUUUAUUAGUUUGUUUAAAUUACAUUUUUUUUAAAAACAUGAACUAUAUUCACAAUUGAUCAUCUUAGACAAUCGUCAUCUAAUAAUCAUAGAAUAAUGAAAGAUUAUUUUUUUAUCUUUGCUUGACUUUUGAUUAUUUAUCCUAUGUGCAUGGUCCUUUCUCAUAUAUAAUUUACCGUCCAGUUAGAUAUUUCAGUGGUAAAAUAGUCAAUUUACUUCAAGAAAAUCCUUUUGUUACCUUGUAGCCUCUACCUUUGAUCAACUCUGAUUAAGUGUUCUUUCAUUUCUUACUCAAUAUUAAUUAAAAGAAUACAUCACUAAGUAUAUUUUACUGAAUAGUUGCUAACACAAAUAACCAGUUAAAUAUUGUUUAUCUAAUAGGAUUCAAAGAAAAUUUUCUAAUUUCUUUCUUUCGUGAUAUAAUGAAACUAAAAUUAUUUUUAGCUUUAUCUAUUGUAUUUACCUUAAUUUCUACCCUCUUAUAAACUUUGUUUGGGAUAUCCAUUUUUCUAAUUCAUUAGUUUAAACCAAAUAGUCUAGUAAUUAGUCUAUUUUUCUUCCCAAAUAACUAUGGAUAUUAUAAUCACGCGUCCAAUGCAUGAUAUUUUAAAAGCAAUGACCUUGACAAUUUCCUGAUCUUGUAUUUUCAUUGAUUUUCGUUUUCAGAGAAAAAAAUGUAUUGAUCGGGUAGUUUAUUUGUAAAUCGUGUUUUUCGGUUAGUAUUUAUUCAAUGAGAAAAAUUCUUAAUAUUAUCCAUUGUCAUGAAAAGAAUAUACUAUAUACAUGAUUAAAUAUUAAGCAUAUUUCCAUGCCUUAAAUUCGUCUAUUCAUUUCGUAUGAAUUCAAAGCUUAACGUCUGUUAUUUAUGUACUUCUUCUGUUAGCCAAUAAACAUGAUUAGCCUUGUCGUUCUUUACAAGUAUGAACUGUUAUUAAUGUAUUGAUGAAUAAAAAAUAGCAUAGUGUCUUCAUAAAAUAUGAAAUACUUCAUUUGCACAUUUUCCAUUAAUUAUCUCUUCCAAAUUCCAUCGUUCCUCCAUUCUUGUUGUUGUUACAAUUACACUCGGUUUACAUUCCUAUCCUCUUCAGUUCGAUCUUCUCAACCUUCUACUGUUAGGCAUUCUGCUUCUGAUUGGUGUUACAUACCAAUUAUAUCUGUCAACAUAAGUAGCAUAUACUACAGUAUAAGUAAUUUUCACAUUACCAACUAUAGUGAUACACAGUAGGUAAAUAUGUUUUAUUCAUUUUAUUGGAUUACCCACUUGUCCAACAUUCUGCUGAUCUCCGUCAGUACAGUUUAAGUGAUUAUCACCUUAAACAAAGAUGUAACGUAAUUGAAUAUCUUAAGCAGUUCAGUUAUGGUCAGUCUAUUUGCCUCAUUGAGGCAAAAUAUAAAAAAAGGAUGAAUGAUAAGUUUGGGUUAUUUUUUUAUUGAUUGCUUUUCCGUUAACUUAUUAUUCUGUACUGACUUGUCGAGUAUCUUAUUCCACUCAAUAAUUUUCUUAACCACCCUCAAACUACCUUUUAUAUUAAAAGUUGUCAGUCCUGUUUGGAAUCGCUUAGUGGUAACAUCUUUGUCGUGGACUUUGGUUGAGCUGGGCUCGAAACUUUAAAAAUAACAACAGUUUUAUUAAGACUAUAAACAAGUUUAUUUGAAGAGUACCAACUUGUGCAAAACAUGGUUACGAAGCCUCCUGUUGAUUACUUCCAUGCAUCUGAGUUUUAUACGGAUAUGCUCUUUUAAUGAAAAUGUGCUGUUUUCUUCAGAAGUCGCCUUUUUUUCGUCGGCCUAUCGGUAACUUUGAAUAAAUAUAGCACUUAAAACUGGUUCUCCUACUGUUUGUGAAAUGUUUCUUCCAUAUUAAGUAUGGUUUUGUUAGCAAGUAUCCAUAAUUUAGUUUAUUCACCAUAAAUUGUGUUGUAUUUUGAUCUGAGAUUUUCUAAUUUUGCAUACUUUUGUUUUGAUUGAUAUCGACAGUGAAAGUAAUCAACAAAAUUAUGUGGUAACACCUAUCCAACAUAAAACUGUUAUCUUUUGGCAAUCGACCAACGUCUACAUCAAUUAACUAAUAUGUAACCACAAUUUCAUUCAUUGUCAAGUUAAUAGGGGAAAGAUAAAUUCACCAAAAUAUAUCUGAUAUACUAUCGGUUAUAUUAAAUAACUUACCUAUAUGGGCAGCGUUUUUAUUCAAAGUCUGCAGUAUAUUCAAGUUGUAGUGUCGGUUACUAUGUUAAGCCCAUAUUACUUAUUCUAGUUUCUGGACAGGCCAAUCUAUUCAUCAUUCUUCCUGAGUCACGUGUUGACCUUGUUAAUUGUUCACUUGUCAAUCCUGACUGUUUUUAUGUGAGAGUGUGCGUGUGUACAUCUUAUCCUACCCAUCACAUGUCUGUAGCUUAUUUUGUACGACGAUAAAUAUUGGUUAACGCUUGAUUAAAUCAAGUCGACUCACACGCCUUCUCCACUGCGCGUCCCUUCGUUUCACUUCGCUCUCUCUUCUUCGUUUCAUUCGCUGCGAUUCUCUGAUUGUCUGUUCCGAUCAACGAGUGUACAAAACAUACAUAUUCAAACAUCCAUUCUCGUAUUUAAUUCCGUUAUUCACCAAUGCGAUUUAAGUUGAUAACUAUAUAAGAGGAUUGAAGAUAUGUAUAUUAUCAAUAGCAAUCAUUUGUACGAUCUAACGGGAGUCAGAUAAGAGGCCACUAAAAAGUAAGUAAAUAUUUUCUUAACUGGCUAUCUUUUUUUUCUCGCAUUCCUGACAAUACCUUCGGAUCAGUAUGAUGUUAUUAAUAAUUAACUGCAACAAAAUAUAACGUCUUCUUACUUUAUUGGAUUUCGAUUUUCUAUACUAUAUAACAAAGAUUCAAUUUUUGUUCCUUCAACUCCUUACUUCCAACCUCAGUGAACUUGAUAUAGUGAUAAAAAGAAGUCUUUGUUUUUAUUGUUAAUUUAGUAACAAUUAAUUUAGCAUUUUGUUAGGUUUCCGAAAAUACAUCGCUUAUUAUAGUAAUUUUAUGUGAAAUUCAGUAAUAAAUACUUCAUAUGUUUAUAUGCUCUAUUGUGCAUUACGUUUGUUUUAGGAAGUUCAAGAGAUAGUCCAGGAAACUUUGCGUGAAGUAGCACUCUGUCGUGUUUGUAUGGACCAACCAAUAUCACGUGUUUUCUUUCCAUGUGGUCAUACAAUAUGCUGCAGCAUAUGCGCCGAUCGUGUAGAUCAAUGUCCUGUGUGUCGUAAAAGUAUUGAAAUCAGGCAUCCAUGCUAUUUACCUUGGAAUACAGAAUCAAAUAGUGAAGAGGUUUGUCUUCUUCCUAGCUGUACAUUUAAAGAUGUAAGUGAUCGAUUUAAGUCUCAUAGACACUCACGUCACCAUAAAAACAAUACCACAUCAGAUUCAGCUUUGCAUGAAACAGCAUCAGCACCUUCCUGUCAAUUAUCAUCUUUUAUCCACGAAAUUUCAAAAACAUCUGAUCGUUCAAGUAGCCUUAAUCAGUCCACACCAACUAGCGUUCCUCAUUUAUCCAUAAGCAAUCAAUCCGAUGUCACUUUCUUUUCAAGAGCAUCUUCAUCAAUAUCUGGUGAAAAGCCUUGUGGAGUUUCUACAAUGACUGCUUCAACCUCAGGAAAUUCGGUUCCUUUACUAGUUACAUCUUCAAACAAUCCUAGAAGUCAUGAAGCCGAGAAAUCUGUUAGUACUACGCGUCGUGUUACAUGGCAAACAGAAGAUUAGCGAUGCUUAGUAGUACUUACGCAUUAUACAGUGUGCACAAUAUUUGUAUAAAUUAUUUUAUUUUUCGGUGAUAUCAAAGAAAACCAUUCACAAUAACCUGAAUUUGUUUCUAAAUAAAGACUCACUUUUAUUCCUAUUUAGCUUGGCUUUUUCCUUUCUUUUUAAACUACAAAGUUUGUCGUCAAACGGUGCAAUUUGUUCUCUUUUUAAAAAAAAACAACCUUUUUUGUUACUUUUCUCCUUUGUUCUCUACAUUGUAUCAUAUAAAUUUAUAUUUGUAUUCUUCAGUCUUUCAAAAUUCAUGUAGUUUUUUCAAACUCCCCUUAUGUAUUAAAUUCAAACAUUUAUGUAUUUGUAUACCAAAGAUUUUCAGUGUAACCUGAAAAGAGAAGGAAUUUAUUUUUAUUUACUUACUACAACCAUAAAUCCGUAUAUAUAUUGUUCUGACCAUCAUAUAUGUACAUAUAUAUUUACACACGCAUAUAUUUAUGAUUAACUACAGCAGCUCAUGUUCAACUGAUCUCAACAAUAUAUCACAGAUCUAUACAUGUAUAUGUUAUCUUGUUUAUGAAUUUAAUAUUGCUUUAUUUCUUAAUCUCAUUGCAUAACCUAUCAUUCAUUUAAACCUUUUGAUCAAUGUGACACGGUUUCAAUUCAUGAAGAAAAAAAGAACCCUUUUUUGAAUAUAAUAAAUAUUGUACAGAAAUAUGUAUUUAUAUACAUAACUUUUAUUACUGUUGUUAUCAUUAUUAUUAUUAUCAAGUCAUUUGUGACGUUUACUGCCUCACAGAAAAAAACAAACAUAUUUUGGUCACUCUUUACUGGUAUUCAAUUUCUUUUUAAUUGUGAAAAGCAUUAUCACUAGUUAUCCAUAAAUUUCAAGUUUAUAUCUUACAUCUUAUUACUUAAUUUUUGUCUCGCUUGAUAUGUGUAUGUAUAAUAAAACCACAAUUUUAUUUAUAUAGAUUUGAAGAGUAAAUGUUCAAUCUUAAUUGUUUCAAAAUUAUUUCCGUUUAAGGAGGACGUAUAGUCAAUUCCUGAAAGUCUUUUCUUAUAGUUACCUUUAAGGUCUUUUAAUAUAGUUUAGGAAACUAGUGUAAAUUCAAUAGUUUUAUGACGAUUCAAAGACCAGUUUUCUCUUAGGUAUGAGUGAGUACAUAACUAUGGACUUGAAUGACUAUUGACUCUGCUGUAUAACAGCUUAGCAUACAACAUGAGUUUCCCAAAUCUAAACUUAUCUGAACAAAACUUUAAUCACUAAGUUACAAUUUAUUUCUUAGCUAAAGU